AUGUCUUAUGACUUACCCGGAAAAAUUUUUAAUUUUCUUACCACCUCACCAUUAGAUCAUAUUACUGCAUUUUCCAUCAUAUAUCAAGCUAUGAAAGAGGAUCCAUGGAUCCAACAAGAUAUUUUAAGAAAUAUAGUAACAAAUGCCGUUAAUUUGGCAAAGAAUUCAUAUUCUAAUAAUAUAAGAGCACAAAAUAGAGUUCUUGCUGUUUCUUUACAG